AUGAGAGACGGUGGGGAUCGUGGUGACGAUGGCGGUGAGGCGACGCGCGCGAUCGGGAUCGAGUGUCGGACGAGCGCGGGGGACAGGCUGCGGGAGACGCUCGCGAGGGAGGGCGGGCGAGGGUUCGAGCGAGACGCGAGACGCGCGCUCAGGGAGCUCGUCGCGAUGGGGUACACCGCGGGGGAGGGCGCGGAGAGCGCGGAGUGCGAUCGGGAUUGCGUGAUCGGACGCGCGGCGAUGACGAGGAUGGAGGUGGAGGAUAUCAUGUACCUGAGCGCGGCGCGGGAAGUCGUGCGAGCGGGCGGCGGCGGCGGCGAGGCGAGCGACGCGCGGGAGAGCGCGGCGGAUGACGGGCGAGGGCGCUUGCGGUUGAUGCAUCGAUGUCAACGGCUUCAGGAGCUCUUACCGAAAGGUUCGGAUGAGUUCAUGAUCAAUUUGGUGCUGCGCGUGAUCGAUAACGUGUCCAAGCAUUCGCAUAAAGUCGGGUUGACGCACGCGGUGAAGACGUCGACGUUGGCGGACGUCUACUCAAAGUGCGCGUCUUUCGGUUACUUUUUACAGGCGAGCGAGCGAAGGUUAGAGCUCGAGCACUUCGUAUCGACGAACGUCGACUUCGUGCACUUGGAAAAGCUGGCGUAUCCCAAAAAGUUGGCGCGGUACGGCGUGUUGCGCAGCGGCUUGAAGGCGCUCGAGGGUUCGACGCCGAGCGCCGUCGCGUCGCGCGUCGCCGGGUACGAGGUGCCGGUUCCCUUGCGAGUUCCGGGGGGAAUUCAGAUUCAAAACGAUAUGGUUUCGCUGAAAGAGUACAUCGACGAGAUGGGUCCGUCCGCGCGCGCGCACGCGGCGCGCAUCGCCUCUGUAGAGGCGACGGAGGUGUUGCAACUGCACGUCGCCUCGCUCUUCGCCGGCGAUCGAGGACGAGUGCUGACGAGUCUGGGGCAGUUUCGGCGCAAACCGCAUCGAAACGGAGGAAACGAUACCGCAGACGAGCAACGCGUGUCGGUGCACGUGAAUCAGCUCAAACACAUCGUUCUCGAGGCGUGCGCGUUCGGCGCGACUCUAGCGAAGAUUGAAGCUUCCAUCGACUGCGAGUCGAUCGAGUCGUCGAAGCCGCUUUUAACUCGCUUGUAA